AAAGCGACUGAGACUACUCUAGUACCGUUCAUUGACUAUGACAGCAGUUAUCAAGAAAAAACGGGAUUGUGAACGGGGAAUGUAGGUGUGUUCACACAGGGAAGCUGGAGGCAUAUGUUUCGUUAAACAGUCCGGGUAAAUAUAUUUGAAUCUGUAACUAUAAUGUUAAGACAUACUGUCGGGAUCAGAGCAAUUCGUUAUACAGAUGUUACCAGCUGGGGGAAAAAAACCUUAGCCUGGUAUUAUAGUGUCACGUUUGGGACAUUGUUGUGAUUUUUUUAUUUAUUACGCCAUUUCCAUGUUUUGAGUCGGCUAAGCCAUGAGCAAUAUGAAGGAUAAACCGACUAUCCGCCAGCAGAGCUCGGAGAAUAACUCUGUCAGCAGUAGUGAAUGGGAUAUGGCAAAUGAUGUGUUUGUGACAGGCUACGACGACAAUCCGAUCGGAGAUAAUGUUGCUGCUGGGGACAGGGACCCCGAGCAAGCCCGCUUAGACAGACACCUGCCGCUGUUGUCUCAGGAUGGCAUGAUGCUGGGCCUGACUGAGGAGCAAUACUCGGGCACAUCGUAUCUGGACAUCGACCCAAACUACACUGAAAGUGACGGGAAUGUCACAACCAAGAAGCGCAUACGGUCCAAUAGCUCCAGGCACCGCGGUGAAUUCGUCACGGAGCUCGGACCAGAGGAGGUCCGCUGGUUUUACAAAGAGGACAAGCGGACGUGGAAGCCAUUCGUUGGACACGACUCUUUAAAAAUCGAGGUCGCCCAUCGGAGAUUCAUUGAGCAGAACCCUGACAAGGUCAAACGCCCCGUCCAUCCCACCGAGGUGGAGGGGAAGGAGGCAGCCAAGUCCGGUGAGAGCCAAGCGGAAAGCGGAGCGGUGGACAGUGUCAGUGUCCGGGCGGAGCCGGCGGUGCAGCGUGGCGGAGGGCAGGGGCACGCAGUGUCAGAGGAGAUGAGGGACCUGGACGAUGUCAGCAUCAGCGUGGAGGCAGUGUGUGUCAGAGGGGGACUCUAUGAAGUGGACAUCAGGGAGAAGGAAUGCUACCCUGUUUACUGGAACCAGCAAGACCGUAUUCCUGUGAUGAGAGGUCAGUGGUUUAUUGAUGGAACAUGGCUUCCUUUGGAGGAGGACGAGAGUGACCUCAUUGAGAUGGAGAACCUUGCACGUUUCCGGGGCCAACAGUUGAGGGACACAUACGAGAUGGAAGUGGUGACCACCACAGUGGAUAGCAAGGAUGCUAUCCACAGUCUGAAACUGAGCAGGAGUCAUGUGGACUGGCACAGUGUGGACGAGGUGUACCUGUACAGUGACGCCACCACCUCCAAGAUUGCACGUACUGUCACUCAGAAACUGGGCUUCUCUAAAGCCUCCAGCAGUGGGACGCGUCUCCAUCGGGGAUACGUAGAAGAGGCAGCACCUGAGGACACCCCACCUGACACCACACACAUUGUCUUCGUUGUGCAUGGCAUAGGCCAGAAGAUGGACCAGGGCCGCAUAAUCAGGAAUACAAGCAUGAUGAGAGAUGCUGCUCGAAAGAUGGAGGAGAAGCACUUCUCUGAUCGCACGACGGAGCAUGUAGAGUUCCUUCCUGUGGAGUGGAGGUCAAAACUGGCUCUGGAUGGAGACACAGUGGACUCCAUCACCCCAGACAAAGUGCGAGGUCUCAGAGACAUGCUAAACAGCAGUGCUAUGGACAUCAUGUAUUACACCAGCCCUCUGUACAGAGAUGAGAUCACCAGGGGUUUGACUCUAGAGCUGAAUCGUCUAUACUCACUCUUCUGCUCGCGAAAUCCAGACUUUGAGAAAAAUGGGAAGGUGUCCAUAGUAUCACACUCGCUUGGCUGUGUCAUCACCUACGACAUCAUGACAGGCUGGGACCCUGUACGCUUUCAUCAUCAAGAAGCACCAGAUCCAGAUGAGUCAAAGGCCUGCUGGUCGAGUGAUGAGGAAUGCCACCUUCAGGAACAGCUGAGACUCACACGCCUCAGGUUGAGGGACUUGGAGGAGCAGUUCCAGGGUCUCCGGACUUUAUCUUGUGCGAUGCCAGCCUUGAAAUUCAAGGUAGAAAAUUUCUUCUGCAUGGGCUCUCCUUUGGCUGUUUUCUUGGCGUUGCGAGGGAUCCGGCCGGGAAACAACACUGUGCAGGACCAUUUCCUCCCCACAUCUAUCUGCAAACGCCUCUUCAAUAUAUUCCAUCCCACAGACCCUGUGGCGUACAGAUUGGAGCCUCUAAUCUUAAAGCACUACAGUAACAUUGCACCUGUUCAAAUUCACUGGUACAACACCAGCAGCCCAACACGCUAUGACCAGAUACGGCCCACACUGCUCAACCCUCCCAAGGAGACCACAUCUGUCUCUGACUCAGAAAGCAUCCCUAGCCCCUGUACCUCCCCACCACAGGCCCGGCGCCACUAUGGAGAGUCCAUCACCAACCUUGGCAAGGCCAGCAUCAUGGGUGCUGCCAGUCUUGGGAAGGGAAUCGGAGGAAUCCUGUUUUCCCGCUUUUCCCGUUCCAGUGGUCAGGUGGGUGGAGUGGAGGAAGAACCAUCAGAUUGUGAGUGUGGAGCCUCUGAAGUUGAAAAUGAGACAUCAGGAGAGGAAGGGGUAACUGUGGUAGAGUGUGAAGAGAAGGACAAAGAGAUAGAAGAAGAGAGGACAAAUGUGGAGCCUGCCAUGUCCCAGUCCACCUCAGCUGUCAUGGACAGCACCUCGUUGGAACUGGAGAGACGCAUCGACUUUGAGCUGCGGGAGGGCUUGGUGGAGAGCCGCUAUUGGUCAGCGGUGACCUCACACACGGCCUAUUGGUGCUCUUAUGAUGUGGCUCUAUUCCUUCUCACGUUCAUGUACAGACCACUAGAGCCUCUUGAACCUGCAGAAGACAACCCAGAGACCUCAUAACAUGCAAACUGACACAUGGAGCCAUCACUGCUGGGGUCACUUCACUUUCUAUUCAUGCCUUUUGAAAUAUAAACUGAAAGCCCGAUUAUUAGAAAAUAA